UUCUUCAGUGGGAUAGGAAACACUGGAAGAGGGUCCAGAUGAGGAGAUGAUGAACUUUGAGGUGUCUUAUGAUGUACAAACUGGACAAUGGCUCUCCCCAAAACAGAGAUAAUUCCAUGUGACAACUGCUAUGAGAGAGAAAGUGCAGGAUCCUGUGGGAGCACCAGGAAUUGCUUGGCAUGUGGAGAUGUUGAAGGAAAGUUUGAUGUUUUAUUCAGUAGAGUUCGAGCAAUUCAGAAGAAAAGUGGAAACUUUGAUCUGCUGUUGUGUGUAGGAAAUUUCUUUGGCUCCACUCCAGAUGCUGAAUGGGAGGAAUAUAAAACUGGCAUCAAGAAAGCUCCUAUUCAGACAUAUGUGCUGGGUGCCAAUAACCAGGAAACAGUAAAAUAUUUCCAAGAUGUUGAUGGGUGUGAAUUAGCUGAAAACAUUACUUAUCUGGGUCGUAAAGGUGUCUUCACUGGAAGCUCGGGGCUGCAGAUUGUGUACCUCAGUGGGACAGAGUCCUUAAAUGAACCUGUCCCAGGUUACAGUUUUAGUCCCAAGGAUGUGUUUUCUCUGAGAACAAUGCUGUGGUCAACAUCCCAGUUUAAGGGUGUUGAUAUCUUGCUCACAUCCCCGUGGCCCAAGUAUGUGGGGAACUUUGGGAAUUCUUCUGGAGAAGUGGAUACCAAAAAAUGUGGCUCUGCUUUGAUCUCCAGUCUUGCCACAGGCUUGAAACCAAGAUAUCAUUUUGCUGCAUUGGAAAAGACUUAUUAUGAGAGGCUUCCAUAUCGAAACCACAUCAUUCUGCAGGAACGUGCACAGCAUGCCACCAGGUUCAUAGCUCUGGCAAAUGUUGGAAAUCCAGAAAAGAAAAAGUAUCUUUAUGCAUUCAGUAUUGUUCCUAUGAAACUAAUGGAUGUAGCAGAACUGGUAAAACAGCCUCCAGAUGUCACUGAAAACCCUUACAGAAAGUCUGUGAAGGAAGCAUCCAUAGGAGAGCAAAUUCCUGCCCCUGAGGAAGAUUCAGCCUGUCAGUUUUUCUUUGAUUUAAAUGAAAAGCAGGGAAGGAAGCGUUCAUCUACAGGCAGAGAUAGCAAGUCUUCUCCUCACCCAAAGCAGCCUCGCAAACUUCCUCAGCCUCCAGGACCCUGCUGGUUUUGCCUUGCCAGCCCUGAAGUGGAAAAGCAUUUGGUGGUCAGCAUUGGCACACAUUGCUACCUUGCCCUGGCCAAAGGAGGCUUAUCUGAUGACCAUGUCCUCAUCCUGCCCAUUGGACACUACCAGUCAGUGGUGGAGCUUUCAGCAGAGGUGGUGGAAGAGGUGGAGCAGUAUAAGGCUACAUUGAGGCGCUUCUUUAAGAGUCAAGGCAAACGAUGUAUUCUAUUUGAGAGAAAUUAUAAGAGCCAUCACCUCCAGCUACAGGUCAUUCCUUUGCCACUCAGCCGCUGCGCUACUGAUGACAUUAAAGAUGCCUUCAUUACUCAGGCACAGGAGCAACAGAUAGAGCUGUUGGAAAUCCCAGAGCACUCAGACAUCAAGCAGAUUGCACAGCCAGGAGCAGCAUAUUUUUAUGUUGAACUUGACACGGGAGAGAAACUUUUCCACAGAAUUAAAAAGAAUUUUCCUUUGCAGUUUGGAAGGGAGGUCCUGGCUAGUGAAGCUAUCCUUAAUAUUCCUGACAAGUCUGACUGGAGGCAGUGUCAGAUCAGCAAGGAAGAGGAGGAGACCCUGGCUCGUCGCUUCCGGAAAGACUUUGAGCCCUUUGACUUCACUCUGGAUGACUGAGCAAAGGGAAAAGCACUUU